AUGGCUCGAUCUCACAAAGUGACCAAACCCAAGCGCCAGCAGGUCGACACAUCGGGGUCGUACAACGCCCUGAUGGUGCUGAUGGGCGACAAUGUCAAAAAGGCUGAAAAACGGGUUGAGGAAGAGGAGCCGGUGGAGCAGGAGCUGGAGGAGGACGAUAUUGAAGGUGCUGGAGAGGAAGAAGAGGAGGUCGACGAGGAGCAAGAGGAAGAAGAGGAUGCUGAUGACGCCGAGGAGGACGCUGAAGAUGAUUCCGAGACCGACAAAUACGAUCCAUACAAACUGCAUUUCGAGGCUGAGGAAGCCAAGUACGUUUCUGUCAUCAAGUCUGAGGAGUGGAAAACCUCGUCGGAGAAGACCAAGAUUGGUAGCCAGCCCGUUCGAAUCACAUACACAAAUCUGGAGGAUGCCGACGAGCUGUUGGACUUUUCCGAAGCCCAAAAAACCGAGUUUAGCAAGUACACAGUUCGGCCCCGGAUCAAGGAUGGCUUCAAGCAGCUCAACGGGUCUCUGACGUCGGUACAAAAGGCCAUUUACCCUUCACUCAUGGCCUACCGGGAUCUGUGCUACGCCACCUCGAGUCUCAGUGAUACCGAGGAGUUUUCGCGGCUAGUGGCCAUGCAUAUUGCUCAGCAUGUUGUUCGAACGGCUGAAGAGGUGGCAUACAACACACGUAUUUUGAAACGAAACGCCGAGGAGGGAAUCCACGACGUUGAGUUCCGGGAUCAGGGAUACACAAAGCCACGAGUGCUGGUGCUAGUGCCCACAAAGAACGCCUGUUUCGAGUUCAUGCAACUACUGGUUGGCGCUUCAGGAGUCGAUAGAGAAGAUAACAAGGCGCGGUUUAACAAGGCGUUCCACGAGGCUGGCGCUGUGCUCGACACCAAGCCCGAGGACUUCCAGAAGGCCUUCAAGGGCAACACUGACGACAUGUUCUGUCUGGGCGUCAAGCUACGAAACAAGAGCAUCCGGUACUACUCGUACUUUUACCAGGCUGACAUAGUAUUUGCGUCUCCUCUGGGUCUCAAAACGCUUGUGGGCAGUGAGGGUGACUCCAAGCGGGAGUUUGAUUUCCUGUCGUCCAUCGAGAUCGCCUACUUGCAUGAAACCAACCACAUGGAGAUGCAGAGCUGGGACAAUGUGUUGACGGUGCUGGGCCAGACUAACUUGCUACCCAACGAAUCUCAUGGCUGUGAUUUUAGCCGAGUCAAGAGCUUCUAUCUUGACGGACUAGCCAAGCACUUCCGACAGACCAUUGUCGCCUGCCAGUUUGUCACUCCAACCAUCAACUCUGUCUUUUCCAACACAGUCAACUUUGCGGGCAAGACCAAGAUCACUCCAAUCUACAACGGAGAGCUAGCAGUGGCAGGCAUGAAGAUCCGCCAGAUUUUCACCCGGUUCAAGGCUCUGUCUGUGUCCGAUGAAAUCGAUGCCCGAUUCAAGGCCUUUGUGCAAAUCACGCUUGAGGGUAUGAUUCGCUCGGGAGACUACUCCGGAACUCUCAUCUACGUGCCCACCUACGUCGAACUUGUGCGUCUCAGAAACUACAUGGACGAGAAGAACAUUUCUUUUGGUGCCAUCAGUGAAUAUUCUUCCAUCACCGAGGUCAAACGACACCGAACGCUCUUCCGAGACGGCCGAGAAAAGAUUCUGCUGUACACGGGACGUCUCCAUCACUACCGACGAUACUUUGUCAAGGGAGUCAAGUCGGUAGUUAUCUAUAAACUCCCUGAGAACCCGGCCUUUUACAGAGAGCUACUGCUGUUUCUGACCCACUCGGUCGAUGAGGGAACGCUCGAGCAGUCUAUGGCAAAGUGCAGAGCCCUGUUUACCAUUUACGACCUGUUGGCCUUGGAGAGAAUUGUGGGAACGAAGAGAGUGAAGACAAUGGCAAAGAGCGGAGAGAGCAGUUAUGAGUUUUAUUAA